AUGGCCGCCGGCGGUAAUGUUGAUGGCUGGGGCCUGGAAAAGACCCACAACAUGCUUCGGCUCAUUCUUGAAGCCGAACCAGCGCUUCUCACGGCCAGGAACGGCAUGAACAAGACCGCGGCGGAGUGGGCGAAACAUGAGAAGAAGCGGCAGUCAGCGCAAUUUCUCUCUCACUACGCCACCAUGAACCCGGGUCUGAGCGGCAGAUGA